AAUCGAAAUAACCGAUAACGAGUUUGACGAACGAAUGUCCGCGCAGUGUUCGACGUACUUAAGAAGGGUUCGGGUCGUUUUCUUCAGGGGUGCGAGUUGGCGACAGGAAACCGCGCGAACGGAGACAAGAAACGUUGCUUGGUAUCAACGGUUUCUUAUCCCGCGCGUUUUCCGACACACAAAUCUCGCACUGAUCAUUUCGCAAAGCGAAUUACUCCGGAGUUGUUGAUACAACAAAAGUAGAAAACGACGCACAGCAACUGGUAUGUCUUUCUCCAAGGCAAAGAUACAACGGUUCAACGAACUUGGAAGCGAGGCACCUCCGCCGGGCGCGUACGAUCCGAAAUUCGAAUUUACUAAGGUAAAAGGGACCGUUAUCGAAAGAUGUGAUAGGUUUGUAGAAACUAAAAGCACAUGCAGCGCAGACGGCACAUCGUCGCUCGGCACAUCAGGAAAGAGCAGCGCAAUGACCACGUCGACUGCUGCUUUUCGAAUGCCCUCGGUGUCGAAGCGGAUGAUCACAAAACCGAUCGUUUGCUCUAAACAAAAAAACGGACAUGUAUCUUUGCAAAGAAGUAACAGCAUGAAAUACGAAUCCACUCACCAACUUGCAGAUCUUCGAGUGGAGUGUCUGAACAAGGACAAAACUAUACAGGAACACGAGAAACAUAUCGAGGAAUUGAAGAACAAUAUAGAGAAGUUAGAAGCCGAGCUUGCGGAGCUGCAAACGAAGCAAGACAAGGUGGAAGCACGACACAAGACUGAUAUCGAAAGAAUGGCCAAAGUACACGAGGAAAUACUAAACAGUUAUAAAGAAAAACAUAAGAUAGACAUGGAGAUGCUGCGUACUCAAUUAAUAGAAGUGUCUGAGAAAAAGGAUCAAAAAGAUGAAGAAAUCUCGAGGCAAAAGAUAGAAACGGAGUUACGGGAGAAUGUCGUCGACGAACUGUCAAAAAGAAUAUCAGCAUUGGCUGUUAUGAGAGAAAAAGAUCACGUGACGAUCAAAAAUCUCGAAAUGCGCAACAGCGAAUACGAAAACACGCUAAACGAAAAGGAGCGCGAUUACGACAACAAGCUUGAAUUACUGGAAAAAGAAAAGAGUCAACUCAAUGUCCGCGUUAUGAAAUUAUCGGAGGAACGAAAUGAUCUUGAAACUAAGUUGGAAAAGAGACAGUGUAUUAUUGUGGAACUUCAGGCUCGGUUGUGCGUUUUGGAGUGCGAAUUAGAUGAACUCAAAGCGAAAUGUCAAGAGCUCACUGACAAUUCUCAUACACAAACUUGCAAGCUUACGGAUAAAUAUGAAAAAGAAAUUGAACACUUGAAAAGUGAUUUCUCAAAAGAAAAGGAAGAAUUGUUAAUGGAAAAUAAAAUGUAUCAAAUACGUGAAUUAGAAACCAAAGAAAAAACAAAUAAGAUGGAGGAAACAAACUCUUGUCUUUUGAAAGAAUUGAAGGACAUUCAAAGGCUUUACAAAGAUGUAAGCCGACGUUUGCAAGAGACACAACAAGAAUUGAAACUCUCAAACGAAAGGCACACUGCUAUGGCGGAAAAAUAUAAAAAAGAUCUGAGCGAUAUAAAAAGUACACAUGCUGAGGAGAAAUUAAAAUUGGAGCAAGUGUUAGAGAAUACCAAAGAGAAAUACGUGAAAGAAUUGGAAAACAUUACAAAAGUAAGAGAUAAAGAAGUGGAAAAAUUAACGGCGUCCAAUAAGAAGCUUGAAGAGGAGAUUAAACGGGUGACCGAAAGUGCGCAAAAGAGAAUUGAAAAUGCGGAGGCUGUUACCAGAGAAACAUUGGCGGCUUGUCGCGUUGAGAGUGAAGAACGGGUGAAGAAAGUGAUUAUUGAGUGCGACGCGAAAGUAAGCGAGUCACACGUCAAUACCAUGAUCAAAGAGGCGCAAAGCUCCGUGGAAGAAGAGAUGCACAUCGCUAGCAAAAGAUACAAGGCGUGUCUCGCUCGUAUGGAACUGGAACGCGCUUCAUUAGACGAGAAACUUGCCCAGCGAGAUACCGAAAUCGCCAAGCUAUCCGCGAUGCUCGAGGAAUUAAAAGCAUCAGCAGAAACACAGGAAAGUUUUAGUCAGAGUUUACAAGUCGAGUUGGAUAAAGCAGAAAGUGAGUUGGCGGAAAAGAAGGAAGAACUGAGAAUUUUGAAGGAUCACAUCAGAACGGAAGCAGCCGAAAUGGUUGCUAGGAGAAAAAGGUUUGAUAUGAUAAUGGCCGACAAUCAAGCAUCUAUAAUGGCGCUUAGUAAUCGCUUGAUGCAGAGCAAUGCUGAAGUGGAAAGACUACAGUAUGAGCUCAAACGUGAUGACGAACGUAUAGACGAGUACCAAGACUUGUUUAAUAUAAUGCGAAAAAAUUCGCAAGAAGUGCACGAUCAAGUCCAAACUAUCAUGGAAGAAUUGGACGUCUACAAAGAACUGGGGAAUCAAUUAAUGACCGGAAAUUUACCUGAAAUGGAAUCGUUAAAAUCUAUCUUUGAGAAAAAAAUUGAGAGUUUAAAACAAAACGCAGCGAAGGAAAUUGCGAGACUUCAGAACGAAAUCGAGCAGAAAUGUCUUCAAGAUGAGGAGCUGAAAAACCAACUUAACGAAAUGGCUAAGAAGCUUAGCGAAGCUCAAAAACUAUUACUCAAAUCGGAAGAGCAAAUUGAUAGUCAAGCGAUAGAAAUAGGGAAAAUGGAGCUAGAAAGUAGGAAGCUGUUAGAGCAAUUACAGAAACACAAAGAAUUAGAAGAAGCCAGUCGAUUACUUCAUAACCAAGCCAUACUACAUAAAACCGCUUUAGAUGAGGCUAAUUCUCGGAUAGAUGAGCUUUCCAAAACGGUUGAACGGUUUGAAGAAAACUUGAAACAUAAACAGGAAACUAUUUCAUUAUUAGAAGAAGAAACAAUGAGAUGGAAAACUAAAGAGUAUGAAAUUGCGCAACUUUUCGCGAAAGAAAAGUCGCGACGAGAAGAGGCUGAGGAGGAAGUUGCUAGAGUCACGGAAUUAAAUAACCGUCUCAAGAAAUACGAGGAAAUACAUGAACAAAAUGCUGCAAUACUCGGCCACCAGAAUAAUAAGCAAAAAAAUAAACACGUAACUCAGUUAAAAGAGAAGAAUAUGUCAUUAGAAAAGGAUUUACAUGCCAAGAACAAGAUAAUUGAACAGCAACAAAAGACUAUAGAAAAAUUGAUAAUCGAAGGAAGCCGGUCUCAUGGAAAAGGCAAAGAGAAUAUAGGAAUGGUGCACUCGACCCCUCUGUCUUCGCCGCAUAAGACGACGCCAUUAAGAAAUCGAAAUGAUUAAUCUUAAGCAAUAAUCGUUAUAUAAUACAUAAUUUUAGUUUAACGUGACAAAAUGUUAAUCGAAAAUUAUUUAAGCGGUAAUUAAUUUUAUUAUAAAGAAAAGCCAGAUCGUAUCUUUGAAAGAUAUUUUUUGUUUACGAAAGUUACGAAAAUAUUUUGUUAAUACUGUUAAUUUUGUCAUUCUAUUUUUCAGAGACUUAGAUUACUAGCUCUUAGCUUAGUAAACAGAAGUCAUAUGUUCAUGUGGCAAACAAAUUUAAUAUAAAUGGCAUGAAACGUAUAUAUGAUAGUUUUUAAUAUAUUUCUCAUUUAGCAAUUUUCCUUGCGUGACAUGUGUAACCCAGACACAUAGUUAUCAUACGAUAUUUUAUAUAAUAAUAUAUUUUGUAUAA